CUAAUAAAAGUCCAUAGGUACUCAUUCAUCAUUUAUACAAUAGUUCUGUAUUCCCUAACAAUAAUCAAAAAAUACAUAAAUUAAUAUACCUUCAACAUGUAUACACAAAGUAUGCGUUCUUUUUAGUUUCAAAUAGUAUUCAAUAAAAUGAACUCAGGCAUCUCGCAAUAUACGUAUAAUGUACGUUAAAUUCAACUUUAUAAGGCAGACAAGGAAAAAUACGCAAUGUUUUUGAAAACAAAUUUAUUAAAAGCCAUCCCAUUAAAAACGACAACACGAUUGCCGGUCUCAUACUGGAUCCUAGUUGGUCUUCGAUUUGCGUUAACGCUGUUGCCGCAAACUGGAUACAUACAUCCGGAUGAAUAUUUUCAAAACGUCGAAGUAAUUGCCGGUGACAUAUUUGAUGUGGAUGUUGCAAGGACAUGGGAAUUUGAUCCAAAGUUUCCAAUCAGGAAUAUAUUUGUACCAAAGCUAAUGUUAGGGCCGCCGCUUCAUUUAAUUAGGAUUUUAAAUCCAUUUAUAAAGUAUUACUUGCAUAUAGAUCUGAGGACACCAUACUUUUUGCUAGUCAUACCAAGACUAUUUAUAUGUCUUGUGUCUCUAAUAAAUGAUUAUUGUUUAUACAAGUUAUGUGUUAUGUAUGGACAAAAUUAUAGGAACAGACUGAAAAUAUUUGCCAGCUCAUAUGUAGUUCUAGUCUACUGUUGUAGAAGCUUCUCUAACUCAUUUGAAAUGGUUUUUUUCUCCAUACUGCUAUAUUUGGUGGGCGACUGUAUGUUGAAAUCAGAUAGAGUUAUAUAUCACAAGGAAUACCUACAAGAAAAGUAUAAUGAAGCCUUGACACCUGUUGAACGAGUUAAGAUUUACAAAUUGCAGACUCAUUUGCCCCAACAUUCUUUAAACUAUGUUAUGAUAUUAGCUUCUUUGGUGGUCAUAGGUAUUUUCAAUCGCCCAACCUUUAUUGGAUUCGCUUUUAUACCAGUUUUCUUCUGGCUUCACAGGGGAUUGGGUUCAAAGACAAUAGGGUUUAUAGACUUCCACAUCAGAAUUUUCAUGUUGAUUUUAUGUGGUAUUCCCAUGUUUCUAGUCCUUGUUAUUAUUGAUUCUGCAUAUUAUGGGUACCUGACAAUAGGUGAGGUAGAAUCUUUACAAAUCACAUGGAAUAAUUGGGUGGUAACGCCUCUGAAUUUUUUACGAUACAAUGCAGAUGUAAGAAAUCUCACUCAACAUGGAUUACAUCCUCGCUGGCUACAUCUGGCUGUGAAUGUACCGCUACUCUUCAACGUUUUGGGAUUUAUGGCAUUCUUUACAGUGCUCAUUAACACAUACAGAUUCAUCAAAGGCCGUUACAGUAAAAUGCCAAGAAUACAGAGCAUCCGAGGCUUGAUGCUAUUAUCGGCCAUAGUACCUAUAGUUAUACUUUCUUUGUUUCCACACCAAGAGGCCCGUUUUAUCAUACCAAUACUUGUACCAUUGGUAUAUUUGUAUGGAAACAGCAUCCAUUUAAAUGAAGUGGAUGAUUCUGACAUCAAAAUUGUUAAGAAGAUAUUCCUCGUAAUUUGGUACACUUCAAACAUAAUUUUUUCGAUAUUCUUUGGCUUUAUCCAUCAAGGUGGACUGUAUCCUUUAGUCAACGAUCUUUUCUAUGAAAUCAAGGGAAAUUAUGGUAUGCAUAUACAUGUAAUUACUACCCACAGUUACAGUAUACCAACUUAUAUGUUGCAAUUGGAGAGCACAACUCGUAUUUAUAAAGAUAAAACAACGAAGCAUAGUUACACAAUAGCUCCGUCGACAUUUUUAAAUAAAUUCGGAUCAUUACCUAUGGACAAGCUUCUGAUGCAUGUGGAUGACACACUGACGACAGCAGAAAUGCGCCAUCAUAAGUAUAAGAAAAAAUAUCGGAUCUAUAUUGCUUCGCCGUGCUCUCUGGAAGAGAAAUUGUUGAAGGAAGCUAGUAAUUAUCAAUAUAUUGAGGUUAAAGAAGAAUUUUCGUACUACCCUCAUUUUUGUACGGAAGCCUUGCCCAGCUUCCCAAAUGCACACGAUAGAAGUUGUGUAACAAAUAAGUUUAUAAGAAAUAGUGAAUCUCCUGCCAUUAAUCUGAACAUGUUACAAAGAAUCUCAUGUUAUUUAAGUAAAUUUUGUCUAAAAUUGUAUCAUGUAAAAAUGAUAGACACAGCUUAGAGACAGGAUACCAUAGAAUUUAAGCUUUUUAUGAAAAACGACUGUUGUUUUUGCUACAUGGAAUUUGAGACGAUUUUUUAUAACGAUGUUUAGCAUCUCUCUGUAAAUAUUUAUUAAGUUUGACGUAGUAGAUUCUAUGAAAUUCUGAAAGACCAAAACACCACGAUUUUAUGUAUAUUUAGCACAGCUUAAGCGUGUACACUAUAUAUUUAUAAAUUGAUUUUUAAAUGAGCAUAAAAAGACAAUUGAAUUUUAAUUAGGCUUUAUUACUAGUACUGUUUUUAUUAUUCCUUAUCUAUUGAAAAGACAUACUCCUUUUUUUUUGAGUAACCUCCGUCUUAAAUAUAUUUUAUCGAAUGUUAGUUAUAUGUAAAAGUCAUUGUUUUAGUUACUUGGUCCCACCGAAAAAUUCAUAACACCAAGAAACUCGCCAUUGCAGUUUCAGUUAUUAGAAUACACUCAGAUUACUAGACAAGGUCUAUCGGCCCUGGUUCUGAAGUUGAAUUUUUUUUUCAACCUUAUGUAUUGGCUAAUCGUGACGUAAUG